AAACUAGAGAAGAAAGUCCGACCAGCCCCUCGCAGGAGCGACCGGAGGCGUGGCGGUCCGGCUGGGAUAAUAUGAAAACCGAGUGGGGCCCCGAACUCUACCGGAGCUCAGAGAGAAAACAAACACACGAGUUGAGCUGACUUGAACGUCUCCAUCUCCACGGAGCAGCUGAUAACAGUCCAGUGUGCGGGAUUCAGCGGGAUAACGGAACCAAAAUGUCCCAAGAUCAACAGGCGGUGAACGGGGUGUCGUGCGUGUCCAAGGUGCUGACUCUGGACACCAUGAACCCCAACGUGAGGCGGGUGGAGUACGCGGUGCGGGGGCCAAUCGUCCAGCGGGCGGUGCAGAUAGAGAGGGAGCUCCGAGAGGGAGUCAAGAAGCCCUUCACAGAGGUCAUCAAGGCUAACAUAGGCGACGCUCACGCCAUGGGUCAGAGGCCGAUCACCUUUUUCAGACAGGUGUUGGCUCUGUGCUCGUACCCUGAUCUCCUGGAGGACAACAAGUUUCCCGAAGACGCCAAAAAGAGGGCACGGCGCAUCCUUGAUGCCUGCGGAGGUCACAGCAUUGGGGCCUACAGCGCCAGUCAGGGGAUUGAGUGCAUCCGCCAGGAUGUGGCGCGCUACAUAGAGAGGAGAGACGGUGGCAUCCCCUCCAGCCCCGACAACAUCUACCUUUCCACUGGAGCCAGUGACGCUAUAGUGACCAUUCUGAAGCUGCUGGUUUGUGGCGAGGGUCGAGACCGCACCGGAGUGAUGAUCUCCAUCCCUCAGUACCCUCUGUACUCCGCCGCCCUGGCGGAUCUGGCCGCCGUGCAGAUCAGUUACUACCUGGAUGAGGAGAACUGUUGGAGUCUGAACGUAGAGGAGCUCAGGAGGGCGCUGAAGGAGGCCAAGCAGUACUGCAAGCCCCGUGUCCUCUGCAUCAUCAACCCAGGAAACCCCACAGGUCAGGUCCAGAGCAGGCAGUGUAUCGAAGAUGUGAUCCGAUUUGCUAAAGAGGAGCAUCUCUUCCUCAUGGCCGAUGAGGUCUACCAGGAUAACGUCUACGCAGAUGGCUGCAAGUUUCACUCCUUUAAGAAGGUGCUGUUUGAGAUGGGACCAGAGUUUUCCAGCACGGUGGAGAUGGCCUCCUUCCACUCUACCUCCAAAUGCUACAUGGGCGAGUGUGGUUUCCGUGGAGGCUACAUGGAGGUGAUCAACAUGGACCCUCAGGUUAAGGCCCAACUCACCAAGCUGGUGUCCGUGCGUCUGUGCCCCCCCGUUCCUGGACAGGCUCUUCUGGAGCUGGUGGUGAACCCCCCACAGCCCGAUGAGCCAUCCUACAGCACGUUUAUGAAGGAGCGGACUGCUGUGCUGGCUGCUUUGGGGGAGAAAGCUCGUCUAACAGAGGAGACCUUCAACAGCGUACCCGGUAUCACCUGUAACCCGGUCCAGGGAGCCAUGUACACCUUCCCCUGUAUCAGCCUACCUCAGAAGGCCAUCGACAAGGCCAAGGAGGAAGGUCUAAUCCCAGACAUGUUCUACUGUAUGAAACUGCUGGAGGAGGAGGGGAUCUGCCUGGUACCAGGAAGUGGCUUUGGACAGAAAGAGGGAACCUUCCACUUCAGGAUGACCAUCCUACCUCCGACAGAGAAGCUGAAGGUGGUGCUGCAGAAGAUCCGGGACUUCCACUUGCGCUUCACACAGGAGUUUUCCUAACGGAUCCGUUCGAGAACCAACUCAUCCAAUGCCAGUAUCUCAAGGAGGGAGCAGUCAUCGAAGUACUCGCCUGUCAUCUCAAGAAUUUUGAAUAAAAACAGAUGAAGUCCGAUUUUAAAUGUCCAAAAGGAUGGAAGUUACUUUUAUUUUCCUGAUGCACUUUUUAGGAUCACCCAGCCAGGUCCAACGUGAUCAGAAAUGUGAUUUAAUGGUGAUUGUGUCGAAUGACCAGCCUUUCUGCAGACUGUUUAGUGGUUCUAAUUUAACAGAUUAGCUGGCCUGGCCUGUAACAGAAGUGCCAGUACAGAAGGUACCGUUUGAGUUUUUUGUGUUACUAAUGUUUGAAAUGUUCUUAAAUCUUUUGAGCUGUAUGACUUCCAUUUAAAGUUUCUACAAAACUC